GUUUAAGCAAUAGGGUCUCAUUUUUGCUUUUGAGAACGGAAUCCUAAAAAUAACACAUAGCACCUCCUUCUAUUCCAAAAAAAAGAGGUUUUAACAUAAAACUCUUUACAUUAUGCAACCAAAACCAACAUCUGACGGUACCUGUCAUCCGUCAACUGUCACCUGUCAAAAUGUGUCAUUGAAGCCCGUAACACAACGCUUACGAUGCGAAUAAUGUCAGAUUUAAUAACUUCAGAUGAAUUUUUACAUAAGUUUUAUACUAUUUAACAUUAUAAUGUGUGUGUGUAGUAAAAAUAUUGUAACGAAAUCUGGAUUGCACCAGCCGACACCUUGUUCCAUUGGGCUAAAGUUCUUUGCUGAAAUUAAUAAUACGAGUGGUGAAGAUUGUACGGUUGAGAUUCAUCCUGAUGAAUGCUGCCUGGUCUCCAAUGAUAGCCAGUGUAAUAUAGUCGAGCUGAUUGGCAGUGCUACUGACUUUAUACCCGAAGGUACAAGUAAAACCCUUAACUUAAUAGCACCGUUACUCGAUCCAUACAACCGAAAGGGCUACUGCACAAUUUACGUCGACUUCAAAUCAAAAUCGAAACCAAAAAACUUUAUAAGGGACACAAUUAAAAUCAAAUUUGAUACUACGAUACGGAAAUCCAAUCUCCCGGACGGGGCCAAGGUCUGUAGACACAUAGACGAAGACCCCAUGAAUGAAUGCAAGCCAGUCAAUUGUGACGUCUAUUACAACGGCAAAAGGUCGUAUUUCAAUGUUAUUAAAAGGCGAUGUGUUGAAAUACCUCCGUGUGUAGCGUAUACAGAAAAUGAUAUCACAAGAACAGCUUACAACCCAAUUUCAAACAAAUGUUUUAGCAAACCAGCUAUAAGUAAAGAAGAUAUUGACUUUAUAAAAACAUUAACUGGUGGAACGACAAGAAAAACUAAAGAUAUAUUGAUAAUUAAACUUAUGGAUAAAAGUAAUUGUUCGGGAUAUCCUAGUUACGACGAUUAUCAAUUCAAUUCAAUAUCAAGAAUAAAAGGGGUUAAAAUGCCUGAUGAUAAAGAGACGACGAAAGAGAAAACAACCACUGAGAAAACUACAAAGAAAGAACCGGAGAAGAAAAAGGAGCAGACAACACAGAAAGUCGAAGAAACGACCACAUGCGCACCGAUGACAAGGCAAGAGAGGAUACAUCGUAUACUAAGAUAUUUACAAAACAAUAAGUACACGCUUAUCAUUCUAAGUUCGGUAAUAUGUUUACAGUGCUGCCUAAUAUGCACAAUGAUUUACUGUCUCACGAAAAACUGCAGCUGCUGCAAGAAGAAGAAGAUUAUCAACAGGUUCUUCAACUACAGGCAGGACGCCUCCGUCACGACACCCCUCAUCUGCACCAGUAAUAUAGACACGGAAACAACCGACUACCAAUAUUUAAGCGAAUCGUCAAAUUACAUUGACAAGAAAAUCAAGUGUUACAAAGCUUGUCAAAAAGAACGGAAGAAUAAUGUUAAAUUAAGCAUGUCUGAUGAUAUUCUCUCGAAAUGCUUGACGAGGAGAGACUGGCAUCGUCUGCCCAGAUCGGAAACUAUCCCCGAAAUGAGGAAUGACGAGGAAUCUAAAUCGAAUGUCACUAAAGAUGAGCAUAAAAAAAGCAAUGAUAUGAAAGUUAACUUCUUAGACGAAAAGAAACAAAAAACUAUCAAAAGUAUUGUGAAAAAAGUAGAUAACAAAAAUAACACCGAAAAUCUAAGCGAUUCGUCAGAAAAGAUUAUUCGAUGUCACAGCUACAACAACUACGACUCAAAUAUAACUGGUUUUAAGAAGAGUUCUCAUAGUAAACACUACGCCGUUUAUAAGCAAGACAAUGUCGCUAUGGAACAAGGCGCCCAGGCUUGCUUCUCCAAUGAUUCCAUCGACGAUUUUUUGUCGGAAAGAGGAGUCAUAUUCAUAGGUGACAAUGCUUCCAAAUACUCGUAUACAAGUAUUUCUUCGGCGGCCAAAAGUUCAGAAUCUUCGCAGUCCAGUGAAACAUCGAAACGCAAUGUUGUGAAAAAUAUAAUCACGUCUUUAGCGAGGAAAGCAAAAGGGCCGUCUUCGGACCCUGGUUUAGAGAAGAAAGAUCUAGAUUUAGAAUUACUACACCUUUCACGGGCGUCUGUUUGUUCGUCUAGUAACGAUACAGAUCUCGAGAAAGAUUUAAAGAUAAUUAAAGAUUCAACAAGUUCUCUUUAGGAUAUAUUUUAAUAAAUAUUUUUUUAUUUUUUAUAUCUUUGUUUCCUUUCACGAGAAUUUUUAUCUGUCCCUUUAACUGAAUUCAAAUCUUGCAAGUUUUACCGCAACAACAGACGGCAGGAGGCAACAUCAGUGAGAUAGACUAGAUUUACACCCCUAGCCUAUCUCGCUGGAGUUGCCUCCGAGAGGUGUGACACUGAUUUCUUUACUUAGACUAUCGCGAGCCACAGAAGUGGGAAGGGUCUCCUGAUCAAUUGCCAUUAGGUGCACCCUCGAGUAUAUAGCUGUAUCGACCCCUCACUAGCCAGCCAG